CUUCAGCUCGUGCUCGUGACCUUCAGCUCGUCCUCGUACAAACGCGUGUGCACCAGCGUGCACAUCCGCCGUGUCUCUUGAAACACAAGUCUUUUUUUUUUUUUUGUUAUCUCGUCAAAUGAAAAAUGUUUUAAAGCUAAACAGGAAACAUCAUGAAAAAGGGCAAAUGAACAGAAAAAAAAUACUUAUAUUUUGAAAGACUGACAUUUCCGGUGUGUUGGAGACUGGAUGGCAAGUGAGGAAGAGAUGACGUCAUCAAUCAGCCUCAGGUGUGUGCGGCCCCGCCCCCUCCCUUUUAUGUGAGGGGAGCCCCGCUGCCGAUUUUACUUUCGUCCCUCAAAACAAGAAACAUCCUGUGAGUGACGCAAUGGCGGCGUUCCACCCAGAGUUUGAGCAGGCGGGUCUCCAGGAGGGUCUCCAAGUGUGGAGGGUUGAGCACAUGGACCUGGCCCCCGUUCCCAAGCGUCUUCAUGGCUCCUUCUACUGCGGGGACGCUUACCUGGUCCUCAACAGCAGCCGUCGGCCAGGAUGCCUCCCGCAGGGGCGGCUGUGCUACCACCUGCACUAUUGGCAAGGUGGCGAAUGUACCCAGGACGAGGCCGGGGCGGCAGCCAUCUUGACAGUCCAGAUGGAUGACUUCCUGCAGGGGGAGCCGGUCCAGUUCCGUGAAGUCCAGGGUCAUGAGUCCAACAUGUUUGCGGGAUACUUCAAAGCGGGCCUCAAGUACUUGGCGGGGGGCGUGGCUUCAGGAUUCCGACACAUAGAGACGAGUGACGCUGAUGUCAGGUGGCUGCUGAAGGUCAAAGGUCGCCGCGUUGUCAGGGCAACACAAGUCCACCUCAGCUGGGAGAGUUUCAACACAGGAGACACAUUCAUACUUGACCUGGGAAAGGAGCUCAUCCAGUGGUCUGGUUGUCAUAGUAACCACUUUGAGAAGUUGAAGGCCACCAUGGUGUCCAAGCGUAUCCGUGAUAACGAGCGUUGCGGGCGUGCCUCGCUGCUGAUCUGCGACGAAGGCUCGGAACCUGAAAAGAUGGUGGAGGUCCUCGGGCACAAACCUGACCUUCCGGAAGCCCGCCCGGACGAUGCCAAGAUGGAUGCCCGCGACAGGAAAUUGGCAAAGCUGUUCAAAGUGUCCAACGUGGACGGGGACUUGGACGUCGUGAUGGUGGCCCGACAAAGUCCGUUCUCCCAGAAAACCUUGCUCUCUGGCGACUGUUUCAUCCUAGACAAUGGAAGCAGCGGAUGCGUUUACGUGUGGAAAGGGAAGGACUCAAACGCUGAGGAGCGACAUGCGGCUCUAAAGAUUUCCGAAGAGUUCAUCCAGAAGAUGAAUUACCCAACACACACCCAGGUCGAGGUCCUUCCUGAGCAUGGCGAGACGGUGCUCUUCAAACAAUUCUUUGAAGACUGGCACUAUCCCGACGACACGGUUGGCAUGGGAAUGGCCUACAUGUCCAAUCAAAUCGCCAGGAUCGAGAAGGUCCCGUUCGAUGCGUCGUCUCUCCACCAGUCGGCAGCCAUGGCAGCCCAGCACGGAAUGUUGGAUGCGGGUGACGGCGAAAAACAGGUGCGGUCAGGAAGACCCGUGUGUGCGUUGUUCUGGAAUCCUGCUGUGCGUGCGUGCGUGCAGGUGUGGCGUGUGGAGGAGCAGAAUAAAGUGUCGGUGGACUCGUCAGUGAUUGGUCAGUUUUGGGGUGGAGACAGUUACAUCAUCCUGUACCAGUACCGUCACAAAGACCGAGACGGCAGCAUCAUUUAUGUUUGGCAAGGAGCCCGAUCGAGUCAGGAAGAGCUCACCGCUUCGGCCAUUUUGGCCAUUCAACUAGAUGAGGAACUGGGGGGUGAGGCUGUGCAGGUGCGCGUGGGCCAGGGCAAAGAACCUGCCCACUUGAUGAGUCUGUUUGGCGGCCGACCGAUGGUGGUCUAUGAGGGCGGCACAUCUCGAGGGCGGGGCCAAAAGCAGGUGGCUGAUCUGCGCCUCUUCCAAAUUCAAGCCAACGUCGCCGGACACUGCCGAGCUGUGCAGGUGAGGGCAUCGUCCUCUAGUCUCAACUCCGGCGAUGUCUUCCUGCUGGCGUCGUCUUCAGGAUGCUGGAUGUGGAAAGGUCGCGGCAGCAGCUCGGCUGAAGUCCGAGGAGCCCGACAUCUAGCUGGAGUCCUGCGCGAGAACCCCGUCCGGGUGGAGGAGGGGCAGGAGGAAGGGGAUUUCUGGUGUGCACUGGGAGGACACGAGGACUACUGUGAGUCUCGCCGAUGUGAGGCUCAGAUGGCGGCGCAUCCUCCUCGUCUGUUCGCCUGCUCCUACAAGACUGGAAAUUUCCUGAUGGAGGAAGUUCCUGGUGAGCUGACCCAGGAAGACCUUGCUCCUGAUGAGGUCAUGCUCUUAGAUGCCUGGGAGCACGUGUUUGUGUGGAUUGGAAAGGAAUCGCACGAGGAUGAGAAAACAGAGGCAUUUGCUUCAGCCUCGAGAUACAUAGAGAGCGACCCGGCCCGCAGAGACCCGCGCACUACAGUUGUGACCGUCAAGCAGGGAUUCGAACCGCCCACCUUCACAGGUUGGUUCCUGGGCUGGGACUGCCGGUAUUGGACCACAGACCCCCUACGGCGAGCCACGGAGGCGCCACAUGUGUAACGCAGGCCGCAUUUUCAUCACUUCCUGAUCGACACCUUGAAUAAAUCAUGUCU